UCCCUUUCCCUGCUUUUUUAUUGCAAACUUCUACAAGAGACCCCAUUCUUCCCUUACACACCUGUUUACUGAUUUUUCUUUUCUUUUUUUUCCUAGAUAAUUUUGAAGAUGAAACUGCUACCAUCUCCUUCCAUUUCCUCUUCCUCCACUACUAAUUCUUUUCAUGCAAAUAUGUGCACUUCAAAAAGUGCCACCGCAAGUUGCCUUGCAGGUAUUCUUCGUCGACUUCUCUGUUCUCGCAGCCUCCCUACCCACCCAUCUUAUCCAAUCACUGACGCGACCUCAAUACCAUGUCACAUUAAGCAACAACACUUGAUCAACUCUAAUGAGUCCGUACCUACUGCUCCAGGGAUUGUGGCUAGGCUAAUGGGUUUGGAAUGUUUCCCGGAUAGUAUCCAGGUGAGUGCCUGUUCAAUAUCAAGGAGCCAAUCCAUGAAUUCUGCAGAAUUUGGUGAUCAAAGUGAUCAAAAGCAAGGCCAGCACAGACGUGUUAAGAGUACAUUAUCCUUCUGUGAAAUGCCUACUUUUAUCGAGCUGGAAAAUGAGGAAUUCUUUGUUCUUAGCUUCGAAGAAACAGGUGAGAGCAAAGAAACUAGAUCUAGAGGAAGGAAAUGUGAGGUGGGUUUUGAAGAACUUAGGGAGAAAACAAGAGAGAAAUGUAAAAGCAAGGAAAACACAAAUGACAAAGUGCAGGUACCAUUGAAGAAAAAGAAGAAGAAGAAGAAGAAAAAUAAGGAUGGUGAAGAGAUCAUCAACAAGAUGAUUUUAAAAAUGCUCAAUGAGGAACAGCCAAGUAAGAGAAUACCAGAUACGCAUGCUCAAGAAAUUGACAAAAUUGAAGAUUCACACAAGGCUACUCUGCCUUUGCAAGACUCCUGUGAGAAAACAGAUGCUGCCACAGUCUUGCAAGAAGCGAAGAAAUCACAUUGGAUAAAUGAUAAAGACGUUCCACGUCGACCAAAAUUAACGAGGAAAAAGAAGAAAAUAAAUCGGUGUGCACUGAAGAAUGAAGAACUCGAGGAGUGCAGCUCAGAAGAUUCUAGCCCUGUUUCUGUUCUUGAUUUUGAUCGAUUCAUGGUUGAUCCUGAAGUUCCUUUAACAGAGGAAGAUAAAAAGUCCAUUUCAAGAAGGAAACUAUCAUCAACGCUUCAUGACUACGAUGACUUAUCUGAGCAAAAUGAAGAUAAUAAUUUCAUCGGAGAAGAUCAUCCAAAUUCAAAGAGAAAGGAAGAAGCAUGUGGAGGAUUGAGGAAGAAAAUUAGGAAUGCUCAGCAUUUCUUGAACAUGUGGAGUGAAAUUUGCAAGCUGGCCGAAGCUCAACUGUUGGAAUCAAAUUCUACUUACGAAAAGAUUUGGAAAUCCAAAGAUGUUGAAGACAUUGGUGCAGAUUUAGGGAUGCAAAUUUUGGAUCAGUUGUUAGAAGAACUCGUAGAUCAACUUUGCUUGCCAGGAAAAAAUUUGAACUUGCAAGAUGAUAACUUUUGUAAAUUCUAGCAUUAUAAAAAAUUCUGAAUCAUUUUACUUUUUC